AAGACAAAGAUGAAGUUUGAAAACAUCCUGGCAGACAUCGGAGGCUUUGGGAGGUUCCAGAUUUUUAUUUUCGUCAUCCUAUGCUUUCCCAGAGUGACUCUCCCAUGGCACUUUCUGCUGCACAACUUCAUUUCAGCUGUACCCACUCACCACUGUGCCAUCUCAGACCCAGACAAUGAAGACAUCUUUGGGAACCUUACUGCACACCAGAAACUUGUUGUCAGCAUCCCAAUGGAGCUUAGUGGGGCUUUCAGCACCUGCAAGAUGUUCUCUGAGCCCCAGUUUCAACUGCUUUCCAACUCCUCCAUGGGGGCUGGAAAUGCUGCUGCAACUGUGGAGUGCCAGUAUGGAUGGGUUUAUGAUACAUCUAUAUUCUCUUCAACUGUAGCGACAGAGUGGGACAUGGUUUGUAACAAGAAAGGACUGAAUCAAGCUAGUGCCACUUUCUUCUUCAUUGGUGUGAUGAUAGGAGCCAUCGUAUUUGGCGGCCUCUCAGACAAAUUUGGAAGAAAGCCAAUGCUCUUAGCAUCCUUUAUUUUAUCUAUAGUGUUUGGAUUGGCAGCUACAUUCUCUGUCUCCUAUGUAAUGUUUGCCAUAAUGAGGUCUCUCACAGGAUUUGGACUUACUGGGAUAUCUAUUAUCUCCAUUUGCCUAACUAUUGAGUGGGUUGAUAUUGAACACCGAACUUUUAUCGGAGUCUUUGGCAGCAUGGUUUGGUCUACUGGGAACAUGAUGCUUGCACUGAUAGCUUAUCUGAUCAGAGACUGGAGAUGGCUGCUCUUAGCUGUCACCUCUCCUCUUGUUAUAUGCUGCAUCGUUUGGUGGUGGAUCCCAGAGUCAGCAAGAUGGUUGUUAGCCAAUGGCAAGGUACACGAGGCUCACACGUACCUUUCAAAAUGUGCAAAAAUGAACAAUAGGAAAGACGCCUCAUCCAAAAUAACCCCAGAGAUGCUUUCUAGGAUUGUGACCGUAGAGGGAAAAAAUAAGAAUUAUACCUAUUUGGAUCUGGUGAGAACUCCAAAGAUGAGGAAGCUUGCAAUCUGCACUGGAAUUAUAUGGUUCGGAGUUGCUCACACAUACUACGGAAUCAGCCUAAAUAUUACUGGGUUUGGUCUAAACAUGUACCUUACCCAGUUUAUUUAUGGAGCAAUUGAGGUGCCUGCUAAAUUGUUGGUCUACUACAUGCUGAAUAGGAUUGGAAGAAGGCAAAGUCAGGCCUGGUCCUUACUUUUGACUGGAGUGUGUUUGGGAAUCAAUCUGUUUCUUCCUUCAAGUAUGGUGCUGGUUCGCUCAGUAAUUGCUAUCCUUGGGAAAGGCUUGUCUGAGGCUUCCUUUACCAUUGUGUAUCUUUACACGGCAGAGCUGUACCCAACAGUUGUCAGACAAAAUGGCAUUGGCUACAGCUCAUUCGUGGCUCGUUUGGGAGUGUCUGCUGCACCACUGAUAAUGCUAUUGGAAGACAUCUGGAAGCUUCUCCCUCAAACCAUAUUCUGCUCAGUGGCAAUCCUGGCUGGCUUCACGGCAUUCUUCCUUCCUGAAACCCAAAAUCUCCGCCUACCUGAAACUAUUGAAGAUGUCGAGCAAACAAGAAAAAGGACAAUCGCCAUAUCAGCUGAAGAAAGAACAGACAUCUCACUGAAACCCCUCAAUUGUGAUUUAAAAGAAAAUGUAUCCUAAACCGAGACAGGAAGCUACUUUAUCAACACAAAACUGGAAUAAGUUAAUCCAGUGGUUACAAACAGACGAAUGAAGGUGGAAACAGCAAUACUUGGGUCAAUCGCAAGCAAAGUCUAGAGUAUUGUGUUAAUGGUGACCAAAACAUUCCCGUUCAACACUAGCGUGGUAUCUAAUUUUCCUCUUAUUAAGACUAAAAUCUUUGAAUUUUGUAUCUUGCUCUUAAUUGUACUGUAAUUCUUGAUAUGUAUUUUUUGUAUACAACUGUAAGUUGUCCUGGGUAAGGGUGUCUGAUAAGAAUUAAAUAAUAAUAAUAAUAAUAAUGUUAGUUAGAGAAAGCUUUAAAAAGUACAUUUAAAAGUAACAGACCAACACAUUUAUAGAAGCCUACCCUGUAGGAACAAAAUGUCAAAUCAUUUUAAAGCAUCAUCAUCCAGCACAGCUACCAGGGAGUAUAACUAGAACUCUGUUUAAUGCUGUUUUUACUUGUUUUAAAUAUAAAUUGGAUUAUUUUUGUUGUAUGGUCUGUGGUUUCGAUUGCUGAAUAUUAGUAAGGUCUACUGGCUAUUUCUGGGAAAGAGUGCCCACUAGUGGUUACAGCUUGAUCCUGACGCUCCCUAUUACUCACUUUCAUUCCUUUUUUCACAUAUCUAAAUUAGUAGUAGUAUAUAUUUUUUUCUUGUCCGAGAACUUUAUAAUGUGCAUAUAUAAUAAUUUAGAGGGAACAAUGCUAUAGUAUAAAGAUAUGCAAGACAUGUAUUAUAGAACAAAAUAUAGGCAUCAUCCAAUGAUGCCAGACGGAUAAAAACGAAGAUAAGAAAUGUCUUAACAGAUUUGUAAUACAUCUUGUACAGUACAGUAGUUCAAGAUAAGGCUGUCAGUAGCUCAGUCAAUUAUCUCUGUCAUCUAGGCAGAUUUGAAAUUCAACAAAUGUCUGCGCUUGCUUUAAUGUAAAACAAAGCUUUUUGUGCAAGAAAUUUGUACUAACAAUCAUAGAGCAGUCAGGGUAAAUUUGUUCAAAAUCACAGAGAAGUGGGAAAUGGUGUGUGAAGUAACAGGGAUUUAAACUGACCAACUGCAAACACGGAGUUCUUAACUAACAAAUACAGUAACCUACUGUAUCUAGUAUCAGGUACACCAUUCUUUGUUUUGUCCUAAAGUUUAUCUGCAGAAGUGAUAGAUUAUGAUUAUGCUUUCAUUGUUUGUUUAUGGUUCAUUCCUUUUUUAUAUACAUGUAGGACUGACCUUUCUCUAAAACUACAAUACAAAUAAAUGUCAU